AUUUGUUUUGACUUGGCAAGGUCCUGCCCAAGUUAAGAAAAUUAAGAGUUUCUUGGAGAUGAGUCUGAUUAAACCGAUAAAACUUUUGGUAUCAUAAUUUAUUGCCUGUUAAUUUUUCAAAUAAAGUUUCAACAGUAUUUAUAUACAGACAUGGGUGGAUUAUUUAGCAAACAAAAAAAGCACGUAAGCAGGGUUACUGAGCAAGAUAAAGCAGUUCUACAACUUAAACAACAAAGGGAUAAGCUGAAACAGUAUCAGAAGAAGAUAGAGAUUAAUUUGGAAAGAGAUCGUCAGUUUGCCAAAAGACUCCUAGCAGAAGGUAAACGUGAAAAGGCAAAAUCACUUCUCAAAAAGAAACGUUACCAAGAACAGCUCCUACAGAACACAGAUGCGCAGUUAGAGCAAUUGGAACAGCUUACUCACGACCUUGAGUUUGCGCAAAUUGAAGUUCAGGUACUGGAUGGGUUGAAGACCGGAAAUGUAGCAUUAAAAAGCAUUCAUGAUAUACUAAACAUAGAUGAAAUAGAGAAAAUCAUGGACGAAACAAAGGAAGGAAUUGAGAAGCAGAGAGAAAUAGAUGAACUAAUAUCAGGUCAAUUGACUGAGGAAGAUGAGGAGGCCGUGGAGGCUGAGUUGGAAGCCAUAUUGGAUGUCAGUGACCAACUGCCCGAUGCGCCAAAAGAGAAGCUGCCAGACAUCGAAGAAGAGGAGGCAGAGAAACCUCGGAAAGCUAAAGAAGCACCAACUAAAAUUGCUAUGGAGGCCUAAAUGUUUAUAUUAUAUUCAUAUAUAGUUUGGCAAGCCAUUUCUGUCAGUAGAAAAAGGUGCAAAUUUAA